UCAGGCUCCACCAGGGAGUCUUUCUUCCAAACCGCAGUGGAAGCAGACGAGAAGACUGAAGGGGGAGAAAGAUGUUUCUCAAGCUAGCUGUCCUGAUACCAGCUCUGGCACUGAUUGUAGGCCAGGUACAUGGCUUCCCCAAGCCCGAGGGCACCAGAGGAGAUAAAGCCAUACACAACAGAGAAUUAAGCGUGGAGAGGCCACUAGAAGAACAGAUUGCCGAGGCAGAGGAAGACAGAAGGAAAAAAAACAUCCUGACAGAAAAUAAGCCAGAGUUCAGAAAUUAUUCCUUUGUUGAUGACUUGAACUUGCUCAAGUCGGCAGCAGAAAAAGAGAGGAAGGAAAAGGAGAGGGAAUCGAUCAGAAGCUCCCUGUAUGACCAGCAACUUGCCCUUGAUGACGCAGAUUCCACCAAGAAGCGCAGGCUAGUGGAUGACUAUGACUCCACUAAAAGCGGUCUGGACUAUAAAUACCAAGAUGACCCCGAUGGGCUUCAUCAACUCGAUGGCACACCGUUAACUGCUGAAGAUAUCGUUCAGAAGAUUGCCAUGAGAAUAUAUGAGGAAAAUGACAGAGGAGUGUUUGACAAAAUUGUUUCCAAGCUUCUAAAUCUGGGACUCAUCACAGAAAGCCAGGCCUACACACUGGAAGAUGAGGUGGCUGAAGUGUUACAGCAGCUAAUUGCUAAUGAAGCAAAAGAUCGGGAAAAGGCGCCUGAAGAUCUUGAUUACCUUCCAAGCAGAAUAGACAGUAAGGCUGGAGAAAAACAGGAGGAAAAAAUGGCUCCAAAAAAUAUGGAUCGAGAUGAUACCUUGGAUAACACAUGGACUUCCUCCAACGUUUUGGAAAGAAGGAAUGAAUUGCCCUCCGGGGAUAAUUUUGAAGACCUCCAAUAUUUCCCUAACUUUUAUGAGCUACUGAAAAGCCUUAACUCAGAGACAGAAGCCAAGGAAAAAGAAACGUUGAUAACUAUCAUGAAGACCUUAAUUGACUUUGUGAAGAUGAUGGUUAAAUAUGGAACGAUUACACCCGAAGAAGGUGUUUCAUACCUGGAAAACCUGGAUGCAAUGAUAGCUCUGCAGACAAGGAAGAAACUUGAGAAGCCCAGUACUAAAAGCAAGCUGGCAGACAAGAGCCCCGACGAGGCUGACAGUACAAAAGCAGCAGCGGCUAAAAUGGAAAAAGAAUAUGAAACGCAGAAAGAUUCCACAAAAGAUGAAGAACAAAAUACAGGGAACAGUGAAGAGCCAAAAGGGAAAGCAGAAGCAUAUUUGGAAGCCAUCAGAAAGAACAUCGAAUGGCUGAAGAAACACAACAAGCAGGGAAACAAAGAAGAUUACAAUCUUUCUAAACUGCGGGACUUCAUUGAUCAACAAGCUGACGCUUAUGUGGACAAAGGCAUCCUGGAUAAAGAAGAGGCAGAUGUGAUCAAACGUAUCUAUGGCAGCCUGUAAGGAACAGAAAGGACGUCUCUUGAAGCUGUAGGGAAUUCUAGUCUAGCUGCAUCCUCUCACGAUCCACAGCCUGUUUGUUUUCUCUCAGUUUUCAAAGAGAUUAUUAGAAAGUGUUCCGUCUGCAUCGUAUUGAAUCUUUUCCAGGUUAAAAAAAAAAAAAUGUGUUAACAACCCACAUAUUCACCUUUCCUGCUCAUUUAUCAUCCCAUUGAAGGCAGACCUUUGCUGCCCACUUUAGACUUAACAGGGUAAAACACUGACUUUCCUGUUCCCUUUAACUUAAUAUUUGACACCCGGCAAUUCUGCUAGAGAAGCCAGAUGUUUCUGUGGGAGAGCUCUCUUGCCCCAGCAACCCACGUACUUGCCACACUGUUCAGUUGGAUCCAAAGAACCACAAGCCAAAGGAAAACAGCCACUAAUACUGUUCUGCAAAUGCUUGCAACAACAAGAGGUCAUGCGGUGCUGGGAUAAGUUGGUUCUGUUAUAGUUCCCAUGCUUCCGCCUAUGCAAGCAGCGAUGCCAGUGCUCACACAAGCAGAACACCUUUGGCUUUUUCUUUCCCUUCCUUGCACAAUGCUCUAGCAGUGCGAGGCAUACAACAGCCCUUCCAUAAGCAGAAGCCCCCUCCAGGUCUGGAAAGGUGCCUUUGGAUCUAACUCAGUGACUUGUUAGAUGUGCUGUUAUUCAUUUGUAAAGGGCGUUAUCAGGGAAGAAUGGCGAAUAAAAUCCCUGCAGCUAAACGAAGAAAUCUCACUUUCAAGUUCCCAUUGGUCUUUGCUUGUUUAUUUGAUGUCCAAGAUUGUCUCGUUUUGAAUUCACGUGUGUCACACCAUUUUCUUGCUAUUUAUACAUUCUGUAGCAUGUCCCUGUCUGUGUGCCAUUAACUAGCCACUCUAUGUUCAACA